UAAAAAAAAAAAUAACGACAUUUAUAAGCAUUUGCAUAUAAAAGAUAAGUCUCGAACCCUUUUACAAACACAUGUCUACUACAACUUUUUAUUUUUUUUAUAUAUAGUUUAUAUUAUCGAGAAUAUCAUGUCUAUUCGAGAAUAUUAUGGGGUCUCAUACUUUAUUUCUUCAUGAUCUUGAUCACUAUUUUUAUUCUACUUUACAACCAAUGUCAAUUUGCAUUGUCUUCUGAUUCUCUUAUCUAUGAAUAGAGAGUGCGAUAUGAGCAAUUUCUAAGCAUCACGAAAUUCUCAUCGAAAAAAAAAGGACACUACUCUUAUAUUUUCUUUAUAAUUACCCUCUACUUCUUUUUUUUUUUUCUUUGAUAAAUUAUAUUAAUCUCUCUAGUAUCAUUAUUUAUGAUUGCCCCCAGAUUGGGUAAGACCGAAUGUGGAAUUUUCGUAUCGCAACAACUCGGCGUGAUUCACGUUUAAGAUAUAUAUGUCCCCACCUUCUAUAAAUAAAGUGAAUGAGAGAGGUAGCGUCCUUAAACAACAUAUUUUGAUAAUAGCUGGUUGCGAGAUAUGGAUUCAAGAUUCAUCCAUUCCACAUCUUUCUUACGAUGUAAUGAUAAGAGUGAAAAUGAGAUAAAUAACGGAGAUGAAGAAAGAAUUAGUAAAAAUUCUGUUGGGAGUCCUCUUUGUAUGAGUGGAGGAGAUGGAGACAACAGUUACUCCACAAAUUCUCUUCUUCAGAGAAGAGUGUUAUCAAAGGCUAAGCCAGUUUUAAUUAAGAACACAAAGGAGCUGAUGAUAAACUUAAACUUUCCUAGAUACAUUAAAGUAACUGAUUUAGGUUGUUCUUCGGGACAAAACACUUUCUUGGCAAUGUCUGAAAUUAUCAAUACAAUCAAUGUAUUAUGUCAAGAGAGGAACCAAGACCCACCAGAAAUAGAUUGUUGUCUAAAUGAUCUCCCUAAUAACGAUUUUAACACAACGUUCAAAUUCAUACAAUUCUUCAACGAGAAGAACACCACGAGCAAAGAAUUAUACUUUGUCUCUGGAGUCCCCGGUUCAUUCUACUCGAGGCUCUUCCCUCGGAGGAGUCUUCAUCUCGUUCAUUCCUCUUACGGUCUCCAUUGGCUCUCUAAGGUUCCUGAAGGGCUUGAGGAAAAUAAGAUGAGUAUCUACAUCCAUAAUUCAAGUCCUCUAAGUACAUACAAAGCUUAUUUAAAUCAAUUCCAAAGAGAUUUCACGACAUUUCUGAAACUGCGUGCUGAAGAAAUGGUUUCCAAUGGAUGCAUGGUUCUCACUUUCAUCGGUAGAAGUACUAUUGAUAAUCCACUGCAUAGAGAUUGUUGUCACUUUUGGACAUUAUUAUCCAAAGCUCUCUGUGACCUUGUCGUCGAGGGUCUUGUGAGUGCAUCGAAGGUUAAUUCUUUCUACAUACCAUUUUAUGACCCGAACGAAAAAGAAGUGAAGGAGAUGGUAGAGAAAGAAGGUUCCUUUGAAAUCAAAGACUUGGAGACACAUGGAUAUGAUCUUGGUCACUGUAACCAAGACGAGACAAAGAGAAGUAAAUCAGGGAAAAAUGAAGCCAAUUACAUCAGAGCGGUGAGUGAACCACUGCUCGUGGCUCACUUUGGAGAUGCUAUUAUCAACAUAUUGUUUAAUAAGUUCGCACAUCAUGUGUCACAACAUGCUAGUUGCAAGAACAAAACGACCGUCAGCAUAGUCGUUUCACUGACUAGGAAAAAAACUUUUCUCAUGUCCUAAAGUUUUAACCUUGGCGAGUCGUGGGGUAUAUUCUUUUUGAAAUUUGAAAUAUACUAUAGUUUCUAAUUAAGUUUUCUUAGAAUAAAUAUACAGACUAAUGCAACCAUGACAUUGACAUUAA